AUGGCAUCAUCUUCAUGUUCUUCCCUUAAAGUCGCAGUCAUAGGCGGAGGUCUCAUCGGCCCUCGUCAUGCGCAAUCCGUCAUCUCCAACCCUUCCACCGAGCUCGUUGCCCUCGUCGAACCCUCUCCCAACGGCUCCUCCGUGGCCGCUUCCCUCAAUACUCACCACUACCCUUCAACCAGCGCCCUCAUUCUAUCCCCGCAUAAACCAGACGCAGCGAUAAUCUGCACCCCAAACCAUACCCACGUCCCACUCGCCCUCGAACUCAUUGCCGCAGGAGUUCACAUUCUCGUCGAGAAGCCUAUAUCCACCACGAUCCCCUCAGGCCGUGAACUCAUCACCGUAGCCAAAGAGAGAGACGUAAAACUACUGGUAGGCCAUCAUCGAAGGUUCAAUCCCUACCUCCUACGGGCGAAGUCGUCGAUCUCCUCACUGGGAAGGAUCCUCGCCAUCCAAGGAACAUGGACACUUCUCAAACCACCCUCUUACUUCCAGGGCCCUACCAACUCCUGGCGGCAAUCGCAGACCUCAGGCGGAGGUGUUGUCCUGAUAAACCUCAUCCAUGAAAUUGACCUACUGCAAUAUCUGCUUGGUCCGAUAGUUCUUGUAUCGGCACUGGGGACACAGAAAACAAGGGAACAUGACGCAGAGGAGGGUGCUGCAAUAUUGAUGAGGUUUGAAAGCGGAGUCGUAGGGACAUUCAUACUCUGUGAUACUACGCCUAGUCCCUGGAACUUUGAGGCGGGCACGGGUGAGAAUCCCACAAUUCCCAAGGUAGAAGGUGGAGGGAGCUUUUAUAGGAUUUUCGGAGCGGAGGGAAGUUUGAGUGUUCCGGAUUUGGCGAGAUGGAGUUACGAUCAUGUAGAAGAAGGGCAGGGAAAAGAGAAGGGGUGGAAUGAGGUAUUGAAGAAGGAGGAGAUUCCAGUUGAGAAGGAGGAAGUACCCUUUGACUUGCAGCUACAGCAUUUUGUAGAUGUGGUAAGGGAUGGAAAGGAACCCAGCUGUACAGGCGUGGAAGCAUUGAGGGCAUUGGUUGUUUGUGAGGCUGUGAAAACGGCCAUGAAAAACGCUGAUGGGAUGCCGGUUGAGAUCCAUGGUUUCGAGAUUAAAAAUAGAAAUAAAGUAGACUAA